UGGUGGCCUUCACCAAAAAUGGAAGGUUUCACCUUCUUCAUUGGUAUCUUGGGCAAUGUCACGUCAAUGCUUGUAUUCCUUGCGCCCAUAGACACCUUCAAGAGGAUAGUAAAGAACAAAUCGACGGAGGAAUUUGACAGCCUUCCAUACAUAUGUUCGUUGCUGAGUGCAUCUCUAUGGACGUACUAUGGAAUUGUACAGCCCAGCGCAUUUCUUGUCGGCACAAUCAAUGCGUUUGGAAGCAUACUUGGGAUUGUUUAUGUUGGCCUCUUCCUUUUCUAUGCUCCUCCAAACAACAAGGUUAAAAUUGCACUUAUUGUAGGGACUUUGAAUGUUGGAUUCUUGGUGGGAGCGAUUUUAUUUACGCGACUGGCAUUUAAAGGAGAAGCUCGGGUCGCAUCCAUGGGUUUCUUGGCCGCAGGUUUCAUCAUUGUCACGUACGCUUCGCCGCUUUCUUCCAUGAGGACGGUGGUGAUGACCAGGAGUGUGGAGUACAUGCCUUUCUACCUUUCAUUUUUCAUCUUCCUGAGUGGAGGCGUUUGGGCUUUGUAUGGUUGGUUGAUAGGAGAUUAUUUCGUUUCGGUACCAAAUGGGACAGGAUGUAUACUUGGAACAGCUCAACUAGUGCUGUAUGGGAUAUACAGAGAUACCAAGCCACCCGCCAGAGACAGCGCCUGCGUCAGCUUCUACGACUUGGAAGAAGGAUGGCAGCGUCAGCCCCUUCUGUCUUCGACCCAUAGCUUAGUUUCUUCCACUCAUAGCUUAGUGAGUUCCGCCCAUAGCUUAUUGGCUUCCGGCCAUAGCUUCUUGGAGUCUUGACGGAAAAUGUCAUGUUUG